UUAAAGGUUUUGCUUCCCUUUCUGCAAAUUUGACAGAGCUGUCGACCCAUUUAUUUUCUGCUGCUUCUUUCUCUUUUUCUUCCCUUAUUACAGGCUCCCUUUAUUGAUGGUGCUUUGUCUCUCCUUUUUCUUCUGCAACGAGAACAACUAAACCCUUUUUUCAAUCUCAUUCCUUUGUUUGUUCGAAUUCUCUCUAAAAUAUAAGCGAAAAAGCCAUGUCAGGUCUGUACAAUCCCAACUUCUCACCCGCAAGGGCUGCUUCACCACAGAUUAGAAGCACCCCAGAUGUUGACAGUCAGUACUUGUCAGAACUGCUUGCAGAGCAUCAAAAGCUUGGACCGUUCAUGCAAGUUCUUCCGAUAUGUAGCCGACUAUUAAAUCAAGAGAUAUUACGGGUUUCUGGAAUGAUGUCCAACCAAGGUUUUGGUGACUUUGACAGACUUCGGCAUAGAAGCCCCAGUCCCAUGGCUUCUUCAAACAUCAUGUCAAGUGUCACUGGGACGGGAUUAGGUGGCUGGAAUGGCCUUCCUCCGGAGAGAUUAAGUGGACCCCCCGGAAUGACAAUGGACUGGCAAGGUGCACCUGCAAGCCCUAGCUCAUACACUGUCAAGAGGAUUUUGCGUUUGGAAAUUCCAGUUGAUACCUACCCAAAUUUCAACUUUGUUGGGCGGCUUCUUGGCCCUAGAGGCAAUUCCUUGAAACGGGUGGAAGCUACAACAGGCUGCCGUGUAUACAUUAGAGGGAAAGGCUCAAUCAAGGAUCCAGACAAGGAAGAAAAGCUAAGGGGAAGACCGGGCUAUGAGCACCUGAAUGAACCACUCCACAUUUUAAUUGAGGCUGAUUUACCUGCCAGUGUUGUUGAUAUAAGGUUGAGGCAGGCACAGGAAAUUAUUGAAGAAUUACUCAAACCUGUGGACGAGUCCCAGGAUUUUAUUAAGAGGCAGCAGUUGCGUGAAUUAGCUAUGCUAAAUUCAAAUUUCAGAGAAGAGAGUCCUGGGCCAAGUGGUAGUGUGUCCCCUUUCAAUUCAAGUGGCAUGAAACGUGCAAAAACAGGACGCUGAGUGUUCAUAUUAUUCUAGGCUGAAAUGUUCCGUUCCAGAAAUUCUUGCUGAAAUAUCUUGUGCUACCUUUCACUUCAGCACAGCUACAAGAAUAGGCUAACAGUUCCUGGUGGGUGAGCGUUCUGGUGAUUUUUUUUUUUUUUUUUCCUUCUCCUUUUCUUUAUUGAACAGAAAGACAAAAAAACAAAAAAAAUAUAAUGCAAAAGAAAAAAAAAAAAGGUUAUAUAAUUGAGUUUAGGUUUGUUGAGGUCAGUUUAUGCAGUAAACAUUAUUAUACAUUCAUUGGAUUUAUUCUUGUGUUAGUGACAUUUGAGAAGUGUGGAAAAUAUAAUAUAUUAGGCCUUAAAGACAAUGGAUCAAA